CUCUCUUCUCCGCAGCGGGCUGCCGACCCAGAAAGCAGCCGUCAUUCAUUAGAAAUGGUAUGCGGAUCCGCCGGGGGGCCGGGCGGCACAAACCCCCUCGGUCACCGGAUCGGCGGCAGCUGCUCGGCCCCCCGGUGCUAUUUUCACCCUCAGGAUAAAGUGAUGUGCAGCCGCGGCGCGCCCGCACGGUCCCAGCUACUCCAGUCCGAGCCGAGCAGAGCCAGGAUGAAGUCGACCGGGAGCGAGAGACCGGCGCAGCCCGACGGAUUCACCUCAGACCUGGACGAUAUGGACAGCGACAGCUCCGACGGAAAGUCCACCGGAGGCUGCAGCCCGCGCGCAGAACCGGGGGAGGUGAGCGGAGGCGGAUCCCGUGCCGGAGUAACGAGGCGGAGGAGAAGGCGGAGGCGCAGGAGUGACGGUGGGGACGUGCGUCUCCCCGGAGUGAGCCAUCAGAGGCAGGCGGCAAACGCGCGGGAGCGGGACCGGACACACAGCGUGAACACCGCCUUCACGGCGCUCCGCACGCUCAUCCCCACCGAGCCCGCGGACAGGAAGCUGUCCAAGAUAGAGACCCUCCGCCUGGCCUCCAGCUACAUCUCCCACCUGGCCAACGUGCUGCUGCUGGGGGAGGACUGCCUGGACGGACAGCCCUGCCUCCGCUACCAGAGCAUCCUGCACGGCCCCGCCGCGCUCAGACCCAUCUGCACUUUCUGCCUCAGCAACCAGAGGAAACUGCUCAGAGAUGGAGGGAAGCACUCGGCUGCGGUGUGAGGUGAGGCUGCUGCGGACAGACGAGGACUCCACCUCCGUGUUGUUUACACCUGAAGGACUUUGUACAUAAACAUGAAUUAUUUAUUUUUUGGAUUAGAGUAGAAAUCAGAUUGAACACUGAGAAGCACUUUCUGUUCACGUCCGUCCGUGUGCCUCUGAACCUCUUGUGUUUUGGUUGAGCUGUAACCUGAGCCCAUGUGUAAAGUUGCACCUGACGGGGGGGCUAUUUCAGUCCCACCAAUAGUAUAAACUACCCCCCCCCCCCACCACCACCACCUCAUGUCCAACGCCUAAAAAAAAAAGCUUUGCUUCAGUCCCAUGAAGGAAACUGAAGAGCAGCUCCUGCAGCGGUCGCUGUCAGUUUAGGGACAUGAAUGCUGCCUUCAGGUGCUGUCAGAGAUAAUAGUUUGUUAACUUCUCUAUCGCCCCCGGUGGUGAUCAGUGGACACUGCAACGCACACAGAAACUGUAUCAUGAACUUAUUUUUCACAGCCGCUUAUUCUAGUUACACGACUACUCAAACUGCACUUCUGUAACGUUUGCAAUGUUUAAGAUGCAACAACCGUUCAAAUCGAAGAAUUACGCAGCCAAGUGAGCGAUAAUUACAACGGCAUUCCCUUUCCUUUUUAAAUCUCAGAACUAAGCAGAGGAUAUUACAUGAGGAUGUUUUUUUUUGUUUGGUUUGCUUAAUCGAGUAAUUUAAGACGAACUCAGGGGAAGAUUUGAUGUAGCUUUACGUUCAGAUGGUGCAUCGUUGAGUCCUUACUUUACUUUUCGGGACGCCGCACAGACUUGCAAAGAGCUGUGAAUACUUUUAAACGCCCUGAAAGCCAAUUAAUGGAAUGAGAGGAAGUAUUGAGUUUACGUUUGAAAAUGGUGUGCAGAAAAGCUUUCUGGGGAGAAGAUGCAUGAUCAGGGGCGUUCUCACAUCAGCUCACUCUGACUUUCUGCAGAAAAAGUCUGGCAGAAGAAACUCUGGAUAAAGUCUUGUUGCGUUCACACAUGCAGCUCCACGGUGAAAAUCUCAGGAGUUUUGUGCAGGUGUGAACAAGGCUUUUAUGUACCUGUUGGAAAACAGGAAUAUAGAAUUUACCGAUUGGGUGUUUAGCCAGUUUUGAAGCUGAAACUUCCCCAGAAAUAAGCAAUUAAGUUCAGAAUUCAGAAACCAAAAACUGACUGGGAGGCUACUUUUUCAUUUUUCAUCUUUUAGCUGUUUCCUGAUGAAAUAUGAUGAUAAACAUCAACGGUGUGGUGAAAUGUUUACAUUUGCAAUCUUGCACAAUCUCUGUAUCACUUUAAAAUAUAUUUAUAAAGUCUGGAGAGCACAAGAACGAGAGAUUCCCCGGCACAAAAAGGAGAAUAUCUAAACCAGUUAUUCACGCAGAUCGUUUGACAUGUAUGGCUGCAGCAGGUAAAGAUGAAAACUCUCACUGGAAAAUGUUGCACACUACCUCAAACCUGCUCUGAAUACGAAGGCCUACCUCGAAAUCUGAAGUGUGACACGACUGUUUAAACUUGAAUAUCUGACAUUCAUCCUGUCCUUUGCACAUCACAAAAAACUGAGA